GGUUUUUUCUCGCGAGAAUUUUGGUAAUCUCAAUUUGUCCUUGCACAGACCAAUUCAGAAAUGGGGUACUGGGACCUGCCAGAGGGCACAGACUGCGUCGAAAAGACAUGGAUCACUACUAAACUUGCAACUGCCUUGGGCCUGGUUGGUUCAGCCUAUCACAUAGUGGCUUUCCAGCCUGAUUCUGCAGUGGCAGCGGUACAGAGGGCCACCAACACCACUGUUACCAUGGCCACCAUGGGAGCCAUCUUUGGCAUGGCGACAUGUCUCAGUGCUCAGGCUCGUGAAGCCCCAGAUGACCCACUGAACUACUUCAUUGGGGGCUGUGCUUCUGGGAUCUUCCUGGGAGCCAGGACCCACAGUGCUAUGACCGGUACAUCAGCAUGUUUGGGUCUAGGAACACUGGCCUUCUUCACUAAAAUUGGCAAGAUGGAGGGAUGGAAGCUAGCUGGACCCCCCAAACUAUGAGGAGGAAGAUUGCUGCAAGAUCAACAGUAUGCUGUAAAUUAAGAGUUCAUGUAAUUCAUUUUUUUGUGAAAAUAACAUAAUAAACUGAGUCAGUUCA